AGAAACGGCGGGCGAGGGAGGCGGUGUGCGGGAAUGGUAGUCAACAUGGAGUAGAUCAGGACACGCCAGACAAUGGCAAGGCUGCUUCAAUGGACGUCGUUGGCGCCGCCGACAAUGAGAAAGGACUCGCCGACACAGAGGCUCACGAGAAGGAGAACUCUGCCGGAGCCGGAGGAGUAUCGUACAAUAAAAGCGUCCCCACCCCCAAGUCAAGAACAAGAUUGCUGUAGAUCUUUCACUUUGCUACUUGCAUUUGCAUGACAACACAAGUUUCUUUGGGUUCGCCGUGAAACUAUCUAGAGUUACAGUUGGUAUAACCGCAUUGCAGAUUAGUCAGCUUGUCCUGAUGAGCCCCCACUAGGUAUUGAUGUUGCCAUUGGAAAACGCUCCUCACGAGGAUGCGCAUGAAAUACUCACAGUGUAUGUGUAGGUUUGCAGAUUCGCAUGAUAACUUGGGGCGAAAAAGUGAGUUGUGAUGGCAGCCACGGUGCACAGAAGGAGGCAAAGUGCGCUGUAGAUGUAGACUCCUGGGAUGGAGGGCACGUGUUAACCCAGGAUAAUGAGACGAGCCAGAGAGCUGUGAUUUUGAGGAAAGCGUUAUUCAGUCCGUUAUCGCUUCGCCGUCAGAUCUUGACCUACUCGAUCUCGAAGAGCAGGAGAAAGCCGAAGAAGAAGAUCCUGAGAACGGACGCAGUGGAAAGGAAGGCUCCCCCCGAAAUAAAACUCCGGACACAAGCAGCGCAAACGAGCCCGGUCCCUACUGCAGCCUUCUAUAUGGAGAACAAGAAACGGAUCAAGAAGUGCUCGCAGGGAAUAAGGCCUCUGCGCCCCUGCAAGUGGAAAUCAAGUAUGUUUGCCAAAGUUGCCACGACGCAGAUAUCCAGAACUUCUUGAAACAGUUUCAAUCUGGCAAGCAGUAUGGGGAUGAAACAAAGCCGCAGGGGCAUGGCGCCACUCCCUGGAGAAACGGAAAGCGGUCAGAGUCUAGCGCCGGCACUCCGCGGUCGUGGUCGUGGGACGAAAUGGCCGCCAAGCCUCCCCGGAAGAGAACUCGCGGCGCUUCUUGGGACAAUACUACGCCUACAACGUCGUGGAGUUGCAAUAACGCGGCAAAGCGGCCCGCGGAGGGAACGUCCGAGCCAGAAUCCGAAAUCCAUCGACCAAACAGCAGACUCGCCGGAGCGUCUGCCGUGCCACGAAGUUCCAGGAGAGACGGUAAAGAGCGCGAGCGCUCUCGAGAUGCGCGAUCCCGAAGACGAUCGGCUUCUUCCUCUAGUCGGCGUUCCAGACGGCAAUAUGGCCGACGGCGCAACCAUCGUCGAGACUCUCGGGCGAAGGCGCGGGCCAAGGAACCCAGUACAUCGUGGUCAAGUUCGAGUAGCUGUAGCUCCAGAAGGCGACAUCAGUCGCGCCGCAGGCGGAGUAACCGUGUACCCGCUGAUCAGCGCAACGCAGAUCGCAACCUCCUUGGCAGCGAAAAGCUGACGAAGCAUUCGUCUUGGAGCCGGCGCAAGUAAGGCGCGCCGCUGGCCGCAAUCGCUAAACUGAGUAGCUGCAGGAGACUGAUGACAAUGUCCUGGGACCAGGUUCCGAAAGAGAAGGCACGAAAUCUGAGUAGAAAAAUCGCGUGAAAAAGUCACAAUGAAAGUCAAUUCCCUAUCGUGAGUUGCACAGUCGAACAAGGGCAGACGUGUUGCCGCAGUGUCGCGUCACUUCAUAUUGAUUUUUCAUUGCAAGAUAGAUGGUCUCUGGCUUUCCAUGCUUUCCACACACAACAUGCACUCGGG